AUGAAGGUCUUCAUCACAGGCGCAACGGGCAUGCUAGGCAGCGCCCUCAUCCCCCAACUCGUAGCAGCCGGGGCACACGGUCUCAGCACUCGCCCGUUCCGACACUUUGGCAGAAAAAGCCCGCAAGCUCGGUGCCACGGUCGUUCGCGGCACCGACACGGAUCUCCCCCUCCUCGCAAAGGGCAGCUUCCGAAGCAGACGCCGUCAUACACGCAUCGUUCGAUCUGGGGUCUGGUACUACAGGGCAAGGGCUUGGAAGCCUGUGCGAACGACCGAGCCACGAUCACGACCAUGACGAGACGUGUCCCAAAGCGGCUAAUCCCGGCUUCCCCCGCGGCGACGCUGAAGCGGUCGCGGCUCUCGUAUGUGUCCAAGGGCGUGCGUGCUCUUCGUCAUCCGCCUGCCCGCCCGUCUCGCACAUUGUGGGGCCGCGUUCACGAUUUCAUCGAUGCGCAACGCGAGGGCGGCCAGGAGGAACGGAUACGUGGCCGUACUCUGUGGCCGUCGGUGGAUCUCGAGGACGCCGCGAGGGUGUACGUGCUUGCUCUUGAUGAGACUCUUGCGCCUGUGGGUUCGUUCCUUCACCCCCGUUGCGGAGGAGGGCACGCCGGUGAAGAAGAUCGCAGGGAGGAUUGGGGUCCGCGCUCGGUUAUGAGACUAGGGGCAUCUCGAAAGAACAAGCGAUGGAGGCCCCUUGGAUUUGUGGGAAUGGUUAUGAGCUUCUCCAACAAGACGACGGCACAUAAAACCAAGGCGUGGCUGAAUUGGGAACACACAGGCCGGUCACUCUUUGAGGCGAUUGAUGGAUGGUUCGAGAAUGCGCAGGCUUAGUGCGAAUGUAGGGCAAUACUUUCCUAUCUAUAAGUCCUUGUGAUAUGAGAGCCUAGCCAGCUAGCAAUUCCUACGAAGAGUGUGUAUUUGUAUUAGCCGACUGUGUUUCAUCUGUCAC